AUAGGGAACUGUUGUACCUAAAAAAUUCGUGGAAAAUUUUAUUAGAAAUCAUACCACAAGCAAAGUCAAAAAAAAAAAAAGUUUUGUUAAUGUUAAAUAUGGGCAAAAGAAGCCAAAAAAUGUGAUUACUAAAAUUGUUGAGAAAAAUUAAAAAAAAAAUAAAUUUUUAAUGGAGCAACUUGUUAAAAAUUUAAAGAAAAUUCCCAAAAAAAAAAAUUUAAGAAAAAUGAAUAGGCCUAAGUGAAUAUCUGUCAAAAUUUAAACCCUUGAAAUUGCAAAAUGUUUACAAGCCCUCCAACGAAAGGAGGAAGCAAACCAGAAAAAAAUUCAGCGCAAAUUUUUGGGAACUUCCGCUUCUUGCCCUAAGCCACUCUGUCAGUCAGUCAUUCAACAACAUAAUAAACACGUACACAUUUCUGUGAGUGUAAGCGCGUUGGUGUGUGUGUGUGCCUGUAUGCAAACAUCACAAGAGAAAGUUAUGAUACAAUUUUGAAACGGAAACUCAGAGCAUGGGUUGUGCGUUAAUUUACGCAUUUCCCCCCAAAACAGAAAGAAAAAAAAAACAAGUAUGAAAGCCCUGCUAACAUUCACGCUAAAGUUAUAAUGAAAAGAAAAUCAACUUUAACAACAACACCACAAACCUCAUGCUUGUUGUCAUUCUGGGUAACACUCACUCAGUCAUCAAGGGACAACAACAGCAACAGCAACAGCAAUAACAAUUUCAACACCAGCACGAAAUAAGAAAUGUCAAUAAACAUGAUGAGUGGCAAAAGGAGAAAAUCCUUAACAAAAACAAACGCCCAAGUGUAUAAAGGCAAAAACAAAAAACGCUAAGCAGCAACAACAACAGCACAAAAAACAACGGUAAUAAUAACAGCAACAAUAAACAACAAGCAUGCUGAUAACAGUGGCCAAUGCUGGCACAACAGCAUCUGCUGCAAUGCUUGCUUAAAUAAACUCAACACUGUGGCCCACAUAUAACAGAAAGAGUUGAGAACAUAAAACAGCUCUUAACAGAGUUGAUAACAUGAGAGAGAAAUUUAAUUAACAGAGUGUUAACUAACAUAGGCAUUUAAAGCAUUUAAGAGAGAGAGAGUGUUAAACCAUUAUAAAGCCUAUUCCAGCUGAUUUAAAAGUUCUCUCUCUCUCCCUCUCUCUCUCGUAUUUGUUUAAGUAACAUAACGGAUGAAAGUGUGCGCAUUUAUAAGAGAAGAAGAGCAUAGCAUCUCAGUGCUUUAUGAUGCUUUAAGUGAAAGUGUAUUUGUUUCUGAGGUCUGCUAUAAAAGCAGCCACGAGUACAACACCAAAUAACAACAAUGUGAGAUGCCUAGUGCAUAAACCUCUAUAAACAUGUCUUUGUGUGUGUGUGUGUGUGAACGUAUCGUUAUUCUAAAUACAUAUGAGUGAGUGCUUAGCUCUAUUCUGUAGUGUUAUUUGUUGGUAGUAAAAAAUUUUUGAUUUUUUGCCAAAAACCAGAAAAAACAAAAACCAUAACAACAACAACAAAGCGUAAGAAACUUCCUGCUAAGGACAACGACCACAUAGAGCUGAAGUCAGCCAAACAGUGCGGCAGUCUGUCAGUCAUUCACUCAAAUAGACAAACUUUAUGUUACCAUUGCCGCUAUUCCCAACAGUGAGUCUGCAAAAAUUUAUUGCCGCCAUCUCUUAUGGCUUAAACGAGAACUUUUCAUCAAGUAAAAAACAUCCUAACUGGGAAUUGAUACAUGCCAUGCCAUCAAACAUCAAAAUUUUGUUACAACAAAUGAAAUGCUAAGAAAUAGACAUCGAAUACACUCAUAAAACUGGCUUGACCCACAUCAUUAUCGAAAUUAAAGAAAAAACACCAAUCAACAACCACAACAAAAGAAAAUCCCCCCCAAAGAAAGAAAACGGAGAACAACCAAAACAAGCCCCAGACAAAACAUCAUCAAAAACAGAAGCCUAAUUGAAUUUAAAUGCAAAUGAAUACGUCCUUAUUGACCAAUUGAGUGAGCCGAAGUGCUACAACUGAAGGAAACGAACGAGAAGGUGUGCAAAGGAAACGGAAACGGCAACGCAGUGAGCUGAAGAGAAAACAAUUUGUGUACAUGUGCCAUUUGUAGCAGUUGAUAUAAUCAUACUACGUCCCCUCCCAGGACGAUAGUCAUUAAACAAAACAAAAAAAAAGGAGAAGGAAUCAUAAGCCCAGCAUUGGCAUCAUUAUGACAUCCGAAACAUAUUUGGAUUUAACUUUUGAAAGAGCCACCAAAAGUGGUGGCACCAUCUCAUCUUCUGCUGGGGGUCCAGCAGCAGGCAGAGCCGGUAUCAUUGACACAACAAACACCACAAACAGUGGAGGUGGUGGUGGUGGUGGUGGUGGUGGUGGCAGCGGUGGCAAACGUCCAAUUAGACCAAAAUUAUUAAAAUUAAGCGAUGUUACGAUACCACAUCGUAAUCGGAAGAAAACCAAAACUAAGUCCAAAGAACGUUCAGUAUCCUCGGUGCGUGAUCGCAUCUAUGACGAUCCCGCCUAUACCGAGGACAUCAGCCAUUUGGCCAACCCUCUGCGACGAAGCAGCUGUACCACUGAAACUCUAACAUCAAUGGCCGCCAAGGGGCUGGCCAUGGGUAGUGGUAGCAGUUCGCUGGGUAAACGCAGUAAACUAACCAAAGAAUUUCAAAAAUUAGCCCAAGAAGAUAUUGGCCACAUAGCCUACAGUAGUUCGGAGGAGGAUUUGCGCUACACACGUCCCUCUUCAUCAAGAUCAGAGGCGAUGGGACGUGGCAGAUCUUUGGAGAGAUCCAAAAAUGUGGAACGCCUAGAGGGUAUGGCUAUGGAUAAAAGUGACAAAUCGGAGGGCAAAAGAAGGCCAGAAAAGAAAUCUUCCAAACAAAAGCGCAAUCUGAGUUUGGACAAUAAGACCCAUCAAAUGCAGCAGCAGCAGCAAGCGAUGGAAGCAGCGGCGGCGGCUGAAACUUCAAGAGCGGAUGAUGACAGAGAUAUGGACAAACCGCCUGAGUUGCCACAACGCCUGGCCUUAACACGCUAUAAUUUGGGAAAGCAGCGCAGCGAUGAGGCAGCCUGGCAACGCCAACAACAGGAUUAUCAAUUGGACAACGAGGAUGUCUACUCCAUGCAUAGCUCGGCCAAGGAGAAUAUGAGUGUGGCCGCCUCCACAGCGGCCUCGGCCAGCAAUGCCAGCACUUCGAAGAUGCAUAUGGGCCGCCGUUUCCUCAAGGGAGAGAUAGGCAUUAAGAGCUUCAAUUAUUAUCUGCUGAAGGAGGGUCUGAAGUCUUCCAAGAAGUUUGUGGAGAAACAAAAGAAUAGCUUUCAGUCUUCGUCCUCGGCGGCGGCGGCGUCGGCAACUCAACACACCAGCCAACAAUCGGUGGCCUUGGCUGCCCAGCAGGUGGCCACAGCAGUGCUGAAUCAGUCAGCCAAUUUGCCAGCCAAGAAUAAACAGCCCGACAAGGGAGGAGAGGAGAACAUUUACGAGGAGAUAUUUUUCAAGGAUGCUCCUCCCAGCGAUGAGGAGGAUGAAAAUCAGAAUCCCUCAAAUGUAAAUGCGGCCACCCAUGCCGCUUCGGCAGCAGCAACAGCAGUGGCGGCUUCGAAUGCCAAUUCGGGAACGCCGUCGUGCCAUGAUCCCAACAUGAUGUAUGCCGACUGUGAGCUUUGCAUGCAGCAGUGCGACAAGCCGGACUGUGAUUAUUGCAUGCAAGGUGAGUCGGCCUCUAGUAAUCGUCAAAAGUCCCAAAGCCAGCAUGCUCAGACAGCGGGCAAUACGAAAUUGCUGGGCAAUGCGGGAGGCAAUCGUGCCCUCGCCAAUACCGGCGGUUUGAACAACAACAGCUCCUUGCGCCAUACCCCAGCCUCUUUGGAAUCCCAGGUCAGUGCUGCCCCCAUACUGGAGUUCCAAUCAUAUAAUCCCAAUAAUCCAGGGGUCUAUAAGAUCGAAACCACUCCGGUGGCCAUAACGGGAGAUUUCAAUCCCAUUUUGCAAUUCCAACAGCCCAGUGGCCAUCAACAAAUGCCGCCUCAACAGUCAACUUCCAACACCAGUACGGCCACCACCACACCCAGUGAACAUCAGCAUCAGCAUGGCCAUCAGCAGGGGCAUCAUGGCCUUCAACAACAGCAGCAACAACAACAACAACAGCAGCAGGCACAAUUUUAUGCCUAUAAGCAGGCGGGGAAUUUCUAUAAUGCGGCCAUGGGGACUCAGCCCACAUUCUGGACCCAGACAGCAGGUCCCAAUGCCCGACCACGCACCUACAUGAUAGGACAUUUCCCGGGAGGUGUAAACUCCAUGCAGCGCAUGAAUACCAAAUCCAGUUCCUCCAGUGAUUCUCUGCAGCAUCCUCAGAAAUUCAAUACCUUUACCCAUAUGGAUGCCAGUUUCUAUAACAAUGGCUCGAAUAUGGGCCCCCUGACUGGAGGUGUGGCUGGAGGGGGAGGAGGAGGUAACCAUGCCGGAGGCUACUUUCCCUCACAGCCGAUGCAGCCUCUGAUGUAUGCUGCCAGCCGCCGCUUGGGUGGAUCCCAGAUUUUGGUGGACAACUCCAGUGCUGGCAUGUAUGAGGCUCCGCCUCAGAUGUAUAAAACCGAUUCCAGAGCUUCCAUACUUAGUGAGUAUUCGCUGUCGAGAAGCAGCGAUACCUAUUAUGGGGGACCACGCUACGGCAGUGGACGUCAUUAUCCGGGCACUCAUAUGCAUGAGCAGCAAUUUGAGAACUCACUGCUGUCCUCCUAUGCCACCGCUGGUCAGAGGCGCUAUUUUGGUAGCGCCGAAAGUUGCCGCUUUGGCUAUGAUUGCAGACGCUGCAGUUUGGAUAGUGGACCGGGAGCAAAUUUCCUCAACAACUCUCGCAUGGCUAGCACAGCUCAUGCCAAUGGUGGUGGGACGGCCCAACAAAGUGGCAACCCACCUCCCGGCACCAACACCGCAAACGAAAAGUGCACCUACUCCGAUCAAUGCCGUUACGAUUGCCGCAAUUGUGAUUGCUCUUCGAAUUAUUUCUCCUCAGACUUUGAUGAUAUUUACAGUGGCGGUGGCAUACCCAGGAAAACGGCCAAGGGCACUUUGCCCUCCACGGGAGGCCAGCCACCGCCUCCAGCCUUGGAGGACUAUGAUAUGGCCACAAAUGCCGAACGUCAGCAGGCCCUCAAGCAGAAUAAAUAUGCCCAGGAUUUCUUCAAACAUGUCAAUGAUGUGAAGCGCAGCAUUUACCAAGCAGAAAUGCAACGCAAUGGCAACAUGGAGUCCAUGAGUCCCAAAAAGAGUGCAAAGAAGGAGCCAAAGGAAAAGGCGGAGAAAGAAAGGGAAAUAAGUGGUUCGCAAACAUUGCCAAUGACCAAGGAGCGUAGUCCCAAGCCCACACCAGCACCUAGAACCAGUCUGCAGCAGCAGCAAAAUGUCAUACAGGCCUCCACCACACCUCAACCCUUGCAAAGGAAGCAGCAUCCCCCCGGCAAAACAUCUACGCCAAUAGCCGCAGUCGAAAAAAGUGAUUAUGCCUCGCUGGAACGUUUGGUGGCCUCCAAUACGGGAGCCAUACCAAAAAGUAACCUCUCCGCAGCACCCACAACAAUCCAAAGAUCUUCCUCCAGCCCCCAUCACAGUCCCAAAUCGUCCAAGCAUCUGGGCAGUACCGCACAAUAUCUCAGUCUCGAGCCACCUGAGGAGAAGCGUCAUGGCAAAAAGUAUUCCAAGGAUAUGAAAACAUCUUCGUUAACAUCGGCCCACAGGCGCAAGGAAAUGCCCGCUCCACCUCCUCCCUCGCCAGCCACCUAUGCGGACCUGCAAGAGCUGCAACAGAAUAUGGCCGAUACAAUGCGCGACGAUACCAAAAUUGAAAGGAAACGGAAACAUAAGAAGCAGCAAAAUGUGUCAGAGACAACUGAUAAUCAAGCGGAAUUGCCGGCAACAACUCCGACUGAACUGAACCAACACCACAGUGACAAGAGAGACGAGCAACAACCGCAAUCACCGGAAGGUGGCAAAACAAUGCUGAUGAGCUGCUCCAAAACAAUAGAUGGCAACAGGGCGGCAAACAAAAGUCCAAACUCAAAUGAAACCACAAUCAAUGCCAUACAUGAGGAUAGCACUCUGUCCCUGGCCACUGCCAGUGGCGGUGUCGAGGCAAAUGCCAAGGCCCCAACAGCUGCAGCAACAGAGCACGAAACCGAGGAAUCUCAAUCCACAGCCCUUAUGACCGCAGAGUCAGGCGAAGCUGUCUCGCUUUCAAAACGUUCCCGUUCCCCGUUGCCUCUCCCAUCGCAAGGCACUGCUUCCAAUACACCAUUUGUUUCCGUAACAUCCAUGUCAUCUCUGGCCACCAUGGCAAUGACAAGCUCAGAUUCUCAACAACGUGACCAAACCGAGGAUGAAGAUGUCUUCUAUGAUGCACGUAGCGAAGAUUCGGCAUGCACGGCGGCAAGUUGUAGUGCUGCCUCAAUGGCUUCAAAUGUGCAACGACCUCCCGCCAUGGGCUUUGAUAACAAAGAGGAGAAUGUGGCGGAACCAUCUGCUGACAUGUCUGCAACGGAAACUAAACGUCAAACUCCAACUCAUAAGCUGGAGGAAAAUGAAAAAUAUGCAAGGAAACUUUUCGCCCAGCAACAGCAGCAGCAACAAAACCUUGAAGUUGAAGGACAUGCCUCAAAUGAGCAACAGCUGCUGCAGACCAAAGCCAACACCAAUCAACAGCAGCAGCCGCAGCAGCAGCAUCAUUAUCAUUCGCCCUCAGAAGUUCUAAGCCUAGAACAUGGCAGCAACACCAACACCAAUUUGCAUGUAAAUGAAGCAAAACAAGAGCAACAAAUGGCUGCCACAAAUGAAAACGAAGCCAACAGGGCCUCCACCAGGUCCACAACGGCCGUCAAGCUAGGUGAACAACAGCAACAACAACAACAACAUUCCAGUCCCAAUAAUAAAUUCAAACAGUCAAACAGCUCCAAUGCCUCCACUCCCAAUAGUCCCAGUGCCAAGGCUAUAACACAGGAAAAGGAUAUGAUUACGUUAGGCCCACCAAACGAGAAAGACGAAUGGGCAACUGAUGCUAAAUUUCCAUCGUUGUCAACGGCCCUGACAACGAGUUCAAAACUCAAGGUUAGCAAACACCAACACAAUUAUGGCGGUGGCGGCGGUGAGAGGAAAAAUCAGGAAAUCCAAAUGCAGGAGGAGGAUAAGCAAGAGCCAAAUACUGGGCUGCCAGACAACAGUGGCGACAAACGCAAGGACAAAGAAGAGCGCCGCAAACAGCACCACAAACAUGAGGCCCAACAAACACAGACAACAUCAUCCUCUCAUCAUAGUGGCGAACGCAGCGAAGAGAGGCGAGAGCGACGCAACAGCCUCAAAAGACAUGAGGAGGGGGGUAGUCAAAAGACCUCUGGCAAAAAGCAUCAUCGCCAGCAAAGGCGUUCGCCCAGUGGGGGUGGUGGUGUUGGUGGUGUUGCUGGCUCAGGGGGCUCACAAACAGCCCAGCAACAUAAAACUCCCUCGCCGGUCACUCUAUCCAAUCUGAGUUGUGAUACAUGCUGCCAGCUGGAGUGGGAACAGCAGCAGCAACAUGUUGGCAAAAACAAAGAUUACUUUGCGGCAGCAGCAGCAGCAGCCGCAGUCGCUGUCGCCUCACCAUCAUCGUCGGCGACCACAUUGACGGCAACGUCGUCGGCACCCAUUACCAGCCUCAAGCCGCCCACUUUACACAUUGGCCUGGCUGGCCAGCCGCCAGCACGUCCGAAAUAA